UAAUUUAUUCAUCACGUUGUCGUCCGAAAGUGUGUUAUGGUGGAAGAUAGUUGGGAAAAUAGUAAACACCACUGAAAAGUCAGCUUUAAGCAGAGGCAUCGCCUGUUCGUGACCACAAAUAACAACUGCGACACUGCCAAGAAUGUCUGCCUCUCCAGUCCAGCGCCAAAUAGUCUCUAGUCAAGCAAUCCCAACGCGUCGGGUACUUUUAAAUGACCCGUCGCAACUUCCACACGAUUACAGUACAACGCCUGGUGGAACUUUAUUUUCGACCACGCCAGGAGGUACAAGAAUAGUGUAUGAACGCCAUUUCUUGAUGCAGUGUCGCAAUUCUCCCUUGGCCAAAAGUCCUCCUCCAAACCUUCCCAAGAUCCCAGGUGUAACUACUGUUCAAGAGGAAAAGGGAGAGCUGAUGAAGGAAAAUGGUAUGGGGAAGGAAGAAAGAAGUGGCAAGGAGAAUGCAAAUCAUAAAGAAACCUCAGGGGAUGAACCUCAGUUCCAUAUGGAUAUCUAAGUCGCUACUCGCAUGUCUUUCAAGUAACCGCCAAGAAAAAGAUGAAAAUUAAGAAGCAAAGUGAAUGCUGGAUAAAAAUGCAAUGGUUUCUAAUUGCUGUAUAACUAACUUGGUAAACAUAUGUAAUGAACACAGUCAGAAAAGAGGAUUUAUACUUGGUGCAAUUGAAAAAGUGAGAUUUCUCUGGAUGAAGUAUUGUUGGAGAGAUGUUUUUUAAAGCAUGAACAUUGCUUUUUUGUCCACUGUUUUUGUUGUGUUUUUCUUGGCUGAUUUAUAUGUUAAUAUUCACAACUAGUGUAUUGUAUCAAGGCUCUAUAAAGACCAAGCCUUAACUGCUCAUCUUUUAAACCCAAAUAGAAUGUUGUGGAAUCAGAUAAGAAUAUAAAUACAGUGUAAAAAGAUAUAUGUUUAUAGAGAGAAGGGGGGAACUCGGUUCUAAUACCAAAGCUUUCAGUUCAUCUACAGUUGAGUAAAAAGUGAAAGCCCAUUGUUUUUUCAUUACAGCAGCAGAACUCAUUAGUAAUCUUGUUGCUUAUUGGAAAUUUUUUCUAAUAGUUCUAAUCAAAAAUAACUGCUUGUAUAAAUUGGCUACUCUCUUGGUAAGGAAUGAAAGAAUCAUUUUAGUUUUAUGAGAACUUUUUUAUUUGGCAUUUUAGAAGUUAUGCAGAAAGUUCUUGUUAAAUCCUUCAAUCUUGAAUAUAGAUUUUGGGAAUCAAAGAUCUAAAAAAAGUGUCAGAUUAUAUUUAGAUGCCUUUUUCAACCACUGUAUUGCACAGUGAUUAGAUUUGAUCUGUUUUUUAUGCAAGCCAGACCUGUGAAAGGGUAUGUUAGUUGUUAGUGUACUACAUAAAGUAGAAAUUGUUUAAAUUGCAGAAUUAUUUUUAUUGAAUCACUAUCUACAUUUGUAAUGUGUUGGAGUUUGCAUAACUUAAUCUUUAGUUUUAUAAUCUAAAGUAAGACAUUCAACAAAGUCUCUUUAUGAUAGAUGCAUAGCAUCAUAUCACAUAUACCAAUACAGACGUGUGAGGAGGAAGCUGUGGGGAAACAAUUGUAGCAUGGUCUGUGAUACGGCAUCUAACAUAUUGCUUAUUUGAUUUCAUUCACAGUGGAUUGUCAGGGUAAUUGCUAGAUCAUUGCCCUGUUUGACAGUCAAAAAAGAAAAAAUACAUAAAAACAUAAAGAAAGAAAAAAAUAUGACUGACAUUUGGAUCAGCAGAAAUAAUGUUUUACUUUAAUUUCUGCUAGUUUCCACUAAGUUGUUCACCCUGAAAAUUUGUGCUAGCCAAAUGACUUAUUGGAUGUGUAAGUUGAUAAUGAAGUGGACUCUUCAUAAUGUGGGGCAUAACAUUCAGGGUUGUGAAAAGGACAUGGUGAACUUUAUAAAAUGUCAACAUGAUGACAAUGUUGCUGA